AUGACCCGCUUAGCCGGCUCAUGGCAAAGGGCUCUCCGAAGCCUCUCCACACUGCCCGCGGUGGCAGUGGCUGCAAACAUUUCGGCAGAUGACAGAUGGGUGAAGGCCGUUCCUUCGCGGAUGGUGUCUUGCAGCUCAAAGCCAGCAUCACUAGUGAGAGACAUCCGCAGGUCUCGCAACGGUGCACUCCCGCUGCACGUGCUUGCGCCUGAUCUGGUCGAAAGCCUCGAGAGGGCACUGACAACAAAGGGGACUUUCUUCGACAUCGAGUUUCAUGCAUCCAAGUCGGAGUUUGAUGAUGUCCUGCUGUGGUCCUGGGCGAAGCUUGGUUUUGCGUGCAGCAGUCCAGCCGACUACAAGCCGAGGGCUGCUUCGACAGCAGAUUCCGCAAACAGACGCCGGGACAAGCAGCGAGUGGAAUCGAACUGGGGUCUCUACGAAACGGGCAACUCUUCCCUUGAGUUCUAUGACUCUAAGGGCGAGCCAAUCGCACGUGGUUAUGAGGCAAUUGUCUAUGGCGAUCAUGGGCCAUAUAUCGAGUUCAAGGAAGAACAGAUUUAUUGGCCAACCUUCUGCCGGCAUAAACUGAAAGGGCCGGGCAGAACCCACUUCGAACAUUACAACCGCGAUGUGUCCAUCAAGCUAUAUGGCCAGUUCAAGACAGUUGCCGAUCAGCCCAACCCGCCUGCAGACUCUAACCCCUUCGCCUGCUCCAAUAAUCGACCGGAGGGCUACGCAGAUUAUCGACCCGGACGUCUCUACAUGUCUGCGGACGCCCUCUUCGACUUGUUCCCACCUCUCCCGACCUGGAGCACGAAGCAGCAACAAGAAGCGCAAGCAGAGCACGGCUUGGCCCGCUGGGUGUCAUCCAUGCUUCAAGUGGCUGUGCCACUGAGUCAUCGAACAUGGCCAGUGCGGCUUGGGAGGAGCAGCCUUCCGUCGCCAAGCUCCGUAUCCUCAGCAGGCUGUGGCAACGAUUCCGGUGGAAGGCAGCGCCUUCUUCUUUUCCCUGCGCUCCUAAUACUGGAGCAGCGAGGAAGACGACAGAGGCUCGGUCAGCUACAGUUUGGAAGAGUGCGAAGCCGGGCGAUCACCACAGCCACCGCACCGUCGGUGGUUACCUUGAAGCUGGCGGCGGCGGAAGAGCUUGAGAGACUAAAAGCAAGCAUGAAGGUUACGCCAGCUGCCUGGGCGGAAGGAGUUGACAGCCUGGCACACGUCCGGCGGCACUGUCAGACGCUACUUUUUCUCCAGGAGACCUAUCGGCAGGUCCAGCAGCAGCUGCCUUCAGGGCUCACGGAGGCAGCAAGGCUCCAAGCGCUCUUCCAAUCCUUGGCAGAGCAAUGCAAGGAAGGCAUCGAGACAGCAAAGGCAAUUCUCGGGAGGAGCGAAGAAGACUUCAUCUUCACCCCCAAGUACUACUAUUCGGAGCUUCGUCUCCGUCGGAAUUGCCUCCUGCCGCAACACCAUGAGGCCUUCCUGGAGCCUCAGUUGCUCAGCUUCCUGGCCACAGAAGUCGUUGCCCUUCUUAGAAUGCAGGAAAGGUGCGACUACCUCGCGAAAGCUGCAGGCCGCGAAGGGCGGGAGUUGGAAGACUUCUGGACCCGAUGCGUCGCAGCGGCACACAACAACGCUGUUGAGCUAACCGUGGCGAUGAUGCAGUCAUUCUCCGAAGAGGAGGCAGUGCGUGAGCUGCAUUCCUGCUUUCAGGAGGAGCAGCUUGUGUGUACGGAAGUCGUGGAUGGUUCCACCGGCCGUGUUCGCUUCGGCUCCUCCCCUGCCAUGACAUUCGACUUGGAGGAUCUCGAUGAGGAGGACGAUGACGAAGGGGAUGGCGACUUUUGCUCGACCAAAGUGAAGCCCAUCUUUGUGGUGUCUGACUGCACCGGUGAGUCAGCUGAGAGGACGGUGCUCUGUGCUCUCGGCCAGUUCGGACAUUGUUUCGAGCGCGACUGUCCAGCAGACGUGACGACUUUCCGCUUUGCGACGGCGGGUAUGAUGGAGGACAUUGCUCGCCGGGCAAAGGAACGCAACGCCUUCGUCGUGUACACCUUGGUCGACCCUGUCGCGAACGCGCACCUGCAGCAGUAUUGCCAAGAGCAAAACGUUGAAUCCCACGACUUGUGGAGUCCUCUUCUAGAGAAGCUUGAAGGCUACUUCGAUGCCAGCCGACUUGGCAUUCCUGGCAGGCGUCAAUUUGCAGAUGCGAGCUACAUGCGGAUGAUUGAGUGCAUUGAGUACACACGACUCUUUGAUGACGGCGUGCAGCCACAUCGCUGGGCGGAGGCCGACCUCAUGAUCAUUGGACCAUCAAGAAGUGGCAAGACUCCUUUGGCAUUCUUCAUGGCCCAAAGAGGCUACAAGGUUGCGAACUAUCCUCUGAUCCCCGACGAGACAAUUCCCGAGCAGCUGUGGUCGUUCCCACAGGACCGCAUCUUCGCCCUGAAAAUCGACCCCAAAAAGCUGGCGAGAAUUCGUCCGCCUCCCGGGAAGCUCUCAGCCUGGCUCCUUAGUGCUUCUCUUGGACUUCUCUUCACGCGGUCAUUGCCAACAUUGUGGCGUAUAGCGCUAAGUGCAUCUUUGUUGAUGGCUACUGGUAUCAAUUGCAUGCGUGUCCUUCGGCCGCCACGACGACAGCCCCUCCCAAUCUGCUCUGACCAUUCUUAG